GGCGGGGGCGGCCAGAGCCGGGCGCUGCGGGCGGCAGGGACCGCUGCGGGCAGCAGGGACCGCUCCGCUCCGCGCCCGCUGGCCCCGCGCUGCAGCCAUGGCCCCGGGCUCGCCCGCCGCUCGCCACCGCGCCGCGCCGCUCCUGCUGGCCGCGCUCCUGGGUUUGCACAUCUUGGCCAUCGCCUUCGCCUUGGAGGUGUCGGUGGGGAAAACCAACACGGUGACAGCUCUGAAUAACUCCAAUGUCCUGCUGCCCUGCACCUUCUCCACCUGCAUAGGCUUCCAGGACCUGGUCUUCACAUGGUAUUUCAACUCGACAGAGCUGAUUUACCACGGCAAGAUCAAGAACAAAGGCACGGAGCCCACCCGCAUCUGGCACAACCCGCGGGUGGAGUUCGUGGGCUCCACCACCAAGAAGGACAACAACAUCUCCAUCGUGCUGAACAGCGUGGAGUUCAGCGAUGCCGGCAAGUACACCUGCCACGUCAAGAACCCCAAGGAGAAGAACGCCCAGCACAACGCCACCAUCUUCCUCACCGUGGUCCAUAAGAUGGUGGAGACAGACAACACCCUGACGCUCAUCAUCGUGGGCGUGGUGGGGGGGCUCAUCGGCCUCCUCAUCCUCUUCAUGCUCAUCAAGAGGGUGGUCCUGUUCAUCAUCAAGAAGACACAGGAUGGGAAGAAGGAGUGUCUGGUGAGCUCGUCAGGGAACGACAACACCGAGAACGGCCUGGCCGGCUCCAAGGCGGAACAAAAAGCACCACCAAAGGCAUGAGCGGAGCAGCGGCGCCCCGCGCCCGCCUCGCCCCGCCGCGGGAGCCCGGGCACGGGACGAGCCUUCUUCCCCUUUUGUUUUCUUUCCGAACUGCCAGCGCUUGAGACAUGUUUCUAUUACACACGUGCCUGCAACCUGCACUGCUUCUCGGACAAGGCUGCGGCUGCCGGGGGGACUGGGAGCUUCUCGCGGACUCGGGCUGGGAGGCUGCUGGGGCAGGCAGGGCAGGGCCGGGGGUGGGUGGGUGCCCGGGGCCGGGUGCUGGGCACCGGGGGUCCCGGCGUGCCCGGAGGGUGGGGUGGCACGCUGGGUGCUGAGCUGAGGUGGCUGGGAGCCGCCUGCUGCACCCAGAAGGUUUCUGGAGCAGGGCGGGGAUGCUCAGGGCUGGCCGUGCAGAUGGGGUGGCGCAGGAGGAAGCAGGGCUGUAAUAAGUACACCGGAGAACCGAAUCGGUGACGGGCCCCUGGCUGUGCCUCGGUGCCUCCCACAGCAGGGCUGGGGCGGCUGGCCGUGUCCCAGGGCCACUGCUGGCCCGUGAUGAGGUGAGGUCCCUCAUUUCACCCUUUGUCCCCACGCUGGGCCAUCCCUGGGAGCAGGGGGGCUUCAUCCCGGGGGCGUUCCCUGGCUUUGUGCUGCCCCCUCCCCUCUCUCUGAAGCUCGGCACUCGGAGCGGCGAUGCUUUUGAUGCUGGUGCCAAGGCUGAACUCGUUUUGUGUGAUUUUGUGUGAGAUUCCAGGGGAAAGCAGCCAAUUGCACUUCCCUUGGCCGUGGUCAUGCAGGGAGGGAGCACAGCCAAGCAAGGGGAGCAGGGCCAGGGCUGUGCCAUUGGCCAGCUGGGCAACCCUGGGCAAGUUGCUCUGCCUCUCCAUGCCUCAGUUUCCCCAUCUGUAAAAUGGGGACAAUAAUACUGCUCUACCUCACGGGGUGGGUGUGAGGUUUCCUUGGCUUUGAUGGUGAAGUGCUCGGGGAUGAGGGGUGCUGCAGAAAGCCAGGGGGUCUUUGUGAGUGGACUUGCAAGGAUGUGAGACACAAAGUCAGCCAGCUACAACUGAGGUUGACAAUCUCCUCUCAAAUGUCAUUUGUUCCCUAUUUCUCCAAUUAGCCGGUGUCUGACAGGCUGCAGGACAGGCAGCUCCCCUGUCCCCACAGUAAAUUGGGAUUCACAGCUGAGCCAUGAUUUGCUGUGGGGGCUUGUGCCCUGGCAGAGGGGCUGGAGUGGGAGGUAGGUGAGGAUUUGGUGGCCAAGGUGAACAAGGAAAGGCUGGGUGCUGCUUUGUCUGGAGAUGCUGGUGCACAGCAGAAUGGUCACCCCAGGCUGGGCUUGGGGGCACCCACUGGAGCAGGGCAGUGUGCUCGGGACAGGGGACAGGGACUGGCACCUGGCAGGUUCCCUUGGCAAGCGGGAGUCAGGACCUUGAUCUCCUCUCUGAGGGUCUGUGGGACCCUCAGGCCAAUCACUUCACCUCUCUGUGCUUCAGUGUCCCCACCUGUGAGCUGGGGACGGUGAAUCUGAGCCAGCUCUCUGGAGGUGUGAGGUGCCCUGCACGGCUCUGCCACAACCCCGGGGAGGAAGGUGUGACACUGCCACCGCCACCUGUGAGAGCCUGAGACCUCCCAGUCACCCCGAGAGACCCCAGCCCGUCCUUGGGGGAGGAAGGAGGCGAGGAAGGGUUUUUUAAAGAACUAUUUUUAGCUGUCCUAACCUGUUGGCCUUUUUUAGCCGGCGUGGUGGACGCGGCUCCACUUGCUGCCGGAUAUGCAAUGCUGCACUAUGCAUGGAUUACUCCUCUGGCUUGAUGGGAAAAGUCCACACAAGCAGUUUUGGGAAUGUAACUCCGUGUGCACACAGCUGCUCCGGGGGAGCAGGGCUUGUGCCAGCACCAGCAGGGUCCCUGCUGUCACCGGGGCUUGGGGGGCUUUUGGGGCUUUUUGGGGAGGGGGUGUGUGCUGCCACAGACACGUGUGUGUCCAAGCAAACGUAAAUCUGCGUGGGAGGAACCUGCGUGUAAGCACAGGGGCUGUGUGAUGACUUACAGCACAUCUUUGCACUGUAGAGGUUUAGUUAGCUUUGCCUUGAAUGAAAUAAAAUUACUGUUUACUAGAGAAA